GGGAGAGAGCGGAGCGCAUCCAGAGUGCGCAUUGAAAGACAUAUGGAAUAUUUAUUACUGGCUUUAUACAACAAACUAAACAACCCCGGAGAGUGGAGGGGAACGAGGGAGGAAUAGAUUUCUGCAGGUGUUGAAACUUUAAAGCGGACUCUGUGAGGACAGUUUGCUGAAUUUCUGUUUAUUUUGGAGUGAAGGUGUCAAGAUGGGAGAAACAGGGUGGAACGGGCUGAUGGUGCUAGUGUGCGUCUCUUUGGCGAGCCUGGCUGCUGUCACACAAGGAAAGACGGUGAAAUAUCAGACAUUUGAGGAAGACGCACCGGGGACAGUGAUUGGAAACUUGGCCAAGGACAUGUCCUCCUCCGGCUCUUCCUCCGGAGGCUCCAGGACCAAUUUCAGGAUGAUGAAACAGUUCAACUCGUCUUUCAUCCGACUGAGGGAGAGCGACGGGCAGCUGAGCAUCGGGGAGAGGAUAGACAGGGAGCGGAUCUGCAAACACACCCUGCACUGCCUCAUCGCUUUCGACGUGGUCAGCUUCUCCAAAGAGCAGUUCAAACUCAUCCACGUCGAGGUGGAGGUCAAGGACAUCAACGACAACUCCCCCGAGUUCCCCCGGAAAGAGUCGAGUCUGGAGAUCUCCGAGAACACAGCGGUGGGCACGCGGAUCCCGCUGGACUUCGCCGUGGAUGAGGACGUCGGGGUGAACUACAUCCAAAGCUACCAGAUCUCUGUCAACAGCCACUUUUCAAUAGACGUGCUCAGCAGGGCCGACGGGGUUAAAUAUGCGGAGCUGGUGCUCAUGAAGGAGCUGGACCGGGAGACGCAGGCUUCUUACGCGCUGGAGCUGGUUGCUAUGGACGGUGGGAACCCGUCCCGCACCGGAACAACGCGCAUCAAUGUCAAGGUGAAAGACUACAACGACAACAGCCCGGUGUUCGACAGGAACAGCUUCUCCGUGGACCUGCCCGAGGACGCACCGGUGGGCUUCCUCUUGCUGGACCUGAACGCGGAGGACCCGGACGAAGGGCUGAACGGUGACGUGGUGUACGGGUUCGGCAACCAGGUGCCCACUGAAAUCCGCCAACUCUUCAGAGUGGACAGGAAGACCGGACGCCUCACCUUGGAGAGCCCGAUUGACUUUGAAAGUAAGAACACGUACGAGUUUGACGUCCAGGCAACCGACCUGGGUCCGAACCCGAGCCCGGCCAUUUGCAAGAUCGUAGUGCAGGUGCAGGACGUUAAUGAUAACGCACCGGAGAUCUCCAUCACUCCCAUGACGUCCAUAACGGCGGGGAUAGCGUACAUCACCGAGGCGGCGGCCAGGGAGAGUUUCGUGGCUCUGGUCAGCACCUCGGACAGAGACUCGGGCGCCAACGGGCAGGUGCACUGUACCCUGUACGGACACGACCACUUCAGACUGCAGCAGGCGUACGAGGACAGCUUCAUGAUUGUGAGUACCAGCCCGUUAGACCGGGAGAAAAUCCCCGAAUAUAACCUGACAGUAGUGGCGGAGGAUCUGGGCUCCCCUCCCUUCAGGACCAUCACUCAGUACACCAUCAGACUGACAGACGAGAACGAUAACGCUCCGGUGUUCAGUAAGCCGGUGUAUGAGGUGGCGGUGGUGGAGAACAACGCACCUGGCGCGUACAUCACCACGGUGGUGGCGCGCGACAUGGACAUGGGGUCAAACGGGAAGGUCAGCUACAAACUGGCGGACACAUACUUCAUGGGCUCCCCCAUCUCCACCUUCGUGUCUCUGGACCCGGCCAGCGGCUCGCUUUACGCGCUCCGGAGCUUCAACUACGAGGUGGUGAAGCAGCUGGAGCUCCGGAUCACCGCCAGCGACGGCGGCUCCCCGCCCCUGUCCGGCAGCGCCAACGUCUAUGUGCGGAUAGUGGAUCAGAACGAUAACGCGCCGGUGAUCACCCAGCCGCCGCUCAAUAACGGCUCCGCUGAAGUCCUGCUGCCCCGGGACGCACCGACCGGCUACGUCAUCACCCGGGUAGAGGCGCGGGACGCAGACGAGGGCGUGAACGCGGAGCUGUCCUACGGGCUGGCCACCGGUGAACCCUCCGUGUUCUCCGUUAACAAAGCCACCGGGGAGAUCUACCUCAACCAGGUGCUCAGCCACGACGUGGACGAGACUCUGAGCGUGACCGUGACGGUGAGUGACAACGGGAGGCCCGCGCUCACCUCCACAGCCACGCUCCACUUCCUCAUCAUCGCGGGCGCCCCGCCGAGCGACAGGACGGUGUACCAGCCGGGCAACGGGGACGAGGUGCACGCGCAGUGGGACCUGUCCGUGGUGAUUAUCGUUGUCCUCGCGGGGAGCUGCACGCUCCUGCUGCUCGCCAUCAUCCUCAUCGCCACCACCUGCAACCGGCGCAAGCGGGACAAGAGCGGAGAGGACAGCGACUCGUACGGGGAGAAGGGCACGCUGGAGCGGGGCAGGAGUCACGUGGUGGACAACCCGCUGAUGCCGCUGCACGGGGCCGGGGGAGGAGCGGGCUUUGACGGACACUCUUACAGCAGCCAGCCCGGUGGGUUCACCUCUGCUCACCCCGGGGGCAGCGACAUGUGCUCGGCCUCAGAGGAUGGCAGCGAGGUGCCCUGUGUCUAUGACUCAGACAGCAACAGCAAGCCACGAGGGAAUAAACACGAGGGCUACUCCACUCUGCCCGGCUAUGGCAACGGCAAAGAGGCUGUGAGGCCCAUCACCAUCUGGAAAGGGAACUCUUACACCACCAUCUCUGCUCGGGACCCGGCCUUCAGUGGCAAAGACAGUGGCAAGGGAGACAGUGACUUCAAUGACAGUGACAGUGAUGUCAGUGGGGACACUGGCCUGAAGAAAGAUGGAGCAGUAGGCCUAGUGGUGCCUCCCAUGGGUGGCCAAAAUGCUCUGUGGGCCUGCACCAGUGAAUGUAAGGUCCUGGGUCACUCAGACCGCUGCUGGAGCCCCUCAGCAGUAAGAGCCAACGCAGCACCCUCUCCGGCCCCCACCCUCUCCUCCUUCAGCAGCCUCUCCAAGACAGCCUCCCUGCCCCGGGACCCCAACCGCCGGGACAACUACUACCAGGCCCACAUCCCCAAAACAGUGGGUCUGCAGAGUGUGUAUGAGAAGGUGCUGCACAGAGAGUACGACUACGUCCUGGUAACCCCACCCAGGCCUGUGAGGGUGCAGGAGAUCAGUGAUAUAAGCAUCCCGGUCUACACCCCCACCCCAACACACUGUCCCAACGAUGACGUCUAAAACAAGCUCACUCUCAAAGAAAUGUAUAGUGUAUUCAAAGUUUUAUUUAUGGUUCAUUGACAAUGAGAAUAAUGUAAUUUUUUUAAGUUCUUUGUUGACGUGGAGAGUGUGCAUAUAUAAGUUUAUAUCCUAAUAUUUGUGUGUUGUUUCUUUUGUUUUAAUGUAAUAGCCACAUUUGAUGGCUUAUCAAUCACCUUUUGUUGGAAAUGAAGUGUAUCAUAUGCAAGUUUUGUACAUACAGAGAUUUUAUUUUUUAUAAGAGUAAUAAUUAAGCAAAGAUAUGUACAUAUGAAUUGUAAUUAUUGAGCACGCUGACUAUUUAAAACGGCCCCAGAAACUGUUCUGGUGGAGGGCCGGUGACCCACAGUGUAUCAAGUUGAUAACAAUGUAUGAAAUUAUUUGAAUGCAAUAAUAAGUAAUUGUACAGAUUUUUUUUAAUCAUCACAAUAUUCUGGGAGAAAAUAAACUUUGAAAUACUGUUCUGAA